UAAUUAAAAAUAUUCGUAAUUUUCUAUAAUACGGUGUUUUAUGCAGUGGUAUUAAAUUAAAAUUCUUUAUUUUGUAUAUAUACUUAAAGAGAUGUCUGCAAAAAGAGCAGCUGGACUAGUCAUUUUCAGGAAUGUAAACCAGGCUGUACAGUUUCUUUUAUUACAAACAUCCUACGGCGAGCAUCACUGGACACCGCCAAAAGGUCAUGUUGACCCAGGAGAAUCUGAUUGGACAACAGCAUUGAGAGAAACUAAUGAAGAAGCCGGCUUAACUGAAAAUGAUUUAGAAGUAUUCAAGGAUGUAACAAAGACGUUACAUUAUAAAGUUAAUGGAAAACCAAAAGUGGUUGUAUAUUGGUUGGCAAAAUUAAAGAACCCACAAAAAGAAGUGACACUGUCUGAUGAACAUCAGGAUUUGAAAUGGUUGCCAGUGCAACAAGCACAAGAUAUAUCUGGCUAUGACGAUAUGAAGAAACUUUUAGCAGAAUUUAAUGAGAAAGCACAGAUUUUGUAAGCAUUCAUAUCAAAUUGUAAAGUUCAAGUAAGAUACAGUUUCCAAUUUUUUUUAUAAAUUUCAAACAAUACUGCAUCUCUAUUUUAUGUAAUAGAUAAAAAAAUAUUUUCUAAC